GGUCCGUAGAGGGGGUCCGUAAGGGUAGUCCAUGGACCGGUCCAUAGGAAGUCCACGGACCCGGUCCGCAGUGGAGGUCUGCGGACCGGGGGUCAGUGUUUUUGGGUUACCCAUAAAAAAGCAUCUCAGAUUGGUUUUGCAUAAUGAUUAUCUUGUCGAUUGUGAAAAAGGUAUUGCAAGAUGCAAGGAUCAAAAUAACGGAGUCAGGUUACAUACCAGGACAAGCAUUUCCUACAGAACAAGCUCAGUUAGAAGCUUUAGGAAAUGUCUUAGAGAACACUGCCCUUUUUGGUGACAUUCUUCUUCGACUCCCUGAUAUAACAUACAAGGUUUAUAGUAAAUCUAAUGAGUGGAAACUUCUAGCUAGAUGGAGUGUUAGCUUCUGUAAUGAAACAAAAGUCUAUGAUGGAACAGACUCCAAGUUAUUAAAUUUGAUGGCACAAGAACUGAGGCUUGUACCAAGGGAUCCAAACUAUAUUAAUCCAUACAGAAACAUUGCACAGAAAGAGGAUUUGAAAAGUGAAAAGAGCAAACAAGAGGACACUUCUUUAAAGAAAAACAAAAAGAAAAAAGAAAAAAAGAAAAGGGGUCCUAGAUUAAGCCAUGCAGAACUGUAAACAUUAUGGUAUAAAAAGUGCCAAUAACUAUUGACAAAAUUACACUUA